AUGUCGGAAGAUAUAUCAGAUCAAAUGAAUCCGACUUUAGCGAACGAUAAACUAUUACAAUGGAAAUUCGAAAACAUCAAAGAAUUAGACGAUAAAAUUCGAUUCAGUCAAAUAUUUACAAUUGAAAAUCUCUCGUGGAAAAUUGGAAUCUCUCGCAAAAUCGGUGACAUCAUUGAAAUAUACUUCACAUUUUGCCCACCGUCUAUCAAAAACUAUGUUUGUGAUGUGAACGCUGAUGUAAAAUUGGUGCAACGAAAAUUUGCUGGUGUAACUCUUCGAAUGGAGAAAGAGAAUGGAAGUGGAACUUAUUUUUAUGGAUCCUAUAAAUCGAAUUGUAUCUCACCGUGUUAUUCAAUGGAUCUUGAAAACAUUAUCAAAAAUGGCUAUUAUUUUCCUGAUAAGGAUAUGAUUGUAGUUAAUGUCAAAUUAUCCUUCAAAUAUUUCGAUUUUUCAAAAAGAAUCGAGGAUUAUACGGAUACAAUUUUAUGUCUCAAAGACACAGAUUAUCAUUGCAAUCGUGGUGUGAGUUAUUUCUUUGUGCUGAAAAACUUUUAUAAAUUUCCACAACAUUUUCAGUUACUCUGCAGCAAUUCCAAACGAUGUGCCGACAAUCUUUUAUCCGAAAAAUUUUUGAGCAGAUAUAUCGAAAAAGUUAUUAUUGAUAAUGAUGUAAAACGCGGUCAUUUUGCACUAUUUCUAGCAUCAAUGCAUAGUUAUUCAAUUGAUGUCAACGAAUCGAAUUAUAUUCCACUUAUGAAAAUGGCCGAUAAAUUCGAUUGUCCACUGUUAAAAAAGAAAUGCGAAAAAGUUUAUAUUGACACCGUUUUGUUUCAAAUGUGCUAUAAAACAACAAUUCAAACUCUGAAAUAUAUCGAGAAAUAUGAUUUGUAUCGAUCGCUUGGACAUAUUGUUGAAAGAGUCAAUUUUUUAUGUGACAAAGAGCUGUUGUUAUCGGAUGAAUUCAAGACUCUUCGAACUGAUUUUCAAAUUGUGCUUCUUGAAACUGCAUGUAAAAGGUGGGAAUAUCACUUAUUUCAUAAUAUGAAACGUAUUCCACGUAAUAAAAAUAAGGAAUGA